AUGACGGUAGAACUCACCAUCGAUGACAUCCUAUUCACGGGAGGCGACGACUCAGCACUGACACUGCCUUACGAUGAAAUUGACAACAACCUUGCGCCUCAAUCGCGGUGUUCUUCAGCUUCCCUGCCUGGGGGUGUCAUUCUUGUCGAGCCAAUCCCACAAACCGUGAACCCACAGGAUGCGUUCAAUCUUCAUUCCCCGCAACUUACAGAUAUCCCAAUUAAUUGGAAUGGCGACUUCCAACAGACAAGAACAGCGUCUGCUUCUGCCGAAGAUCUCAACCCUGACUUCUCUUUCCUGAAUCAACCCGUUAGUGAUUGGGGAAUCCCUGCACCUUUAUCAACCACAAACGAUCCCAUUCAGACACCUUUGACAAGCAUCGAUGAAUUCUUCAUCAAGAAUGGCGCGAGCCGGCCAUCUGCGCCGUGCUCGAAUUGUCGUCGGUCACGCCUGCAAUGUCUUAUUUUACAAACAACUCUCGCCAAUCCUAACCCCACCAAAUCAUGCUCGAGCUGUGUCGCGUUGUUCCGAGAAUGCAGUCUUUCAGGUCGUAAAAAGAGGGAACCCUCAGACUUCGAGACUUUGGAACCAGUCAUUGGUCGAUUACAUGGUGUCAGUGAGCACAGUGCUAUGGGUGUGCCAGCUACAGUUGAAGAAGGUCAAACUUCACAGGGUCUCUCGGUAGCAGCGCUUGCCGGGAAGAGAACAAACACGCGUUCAGUGAGGAAGACGAGAGUGUUGCGCAAUUGGUACCUGUCGAAUUUAGACCAUCCGUACCCUUCGGAAGAAGAAAAGGUUGACCUCACUCAACAGUCAGGAUUGAGUAGAAGCCAGGUAGUCAAUUGGUUUGCCAACACCAGAAGGCGACAUCGAAUGUCAUCGACUUAUUCCGCAUCGCCGAGCCGGGGACGCCAAGGAUUUGCACCGGGAUCCCCCAUGCCACACUACCUCCGCAAGAACAUGUCACCAUUGGAUCGCUGGAAGAAUUCUCCGCCAGAUCAGGAACCAGCUUCAGCGACAGCGAUCCAAAAUGCGUUGGCUGCUCAAUCUAGUGCCCAGAGUUCGGUGGACAGCGACGAUUUGGUCGGAUCUGGACCGGGGUCGUCUGCCAGCAAUGACUCCCUCUGGCCGUCUACUUUGCACGAGGCUUCUUCCAAUUCAGCAUCUUCAUGCUACUCGUUCCGUUCCAGAGAGGCUCACUUUCUUUCGCGCUCCCGCAGUAGCUCAGUGAUGGAAGGGGCUUCGAUCUCCAGGCCCACAUCGUCAAGAUCAAGGUCCAAGAAGCUCAUUGCGUUCCAGUGCACCUUUUGUCGACAAAGAUUCAAGAAGAAAUAUGAUUGGGUACGCCAUGAGAGGUCAAUUCACUUGCCUGGCCUCGACUCCUGGGUUUGCGCGUUGCCUGUCACGGCAGACCAAUCAUUUUUGGUCUGGCGCAUGAAUGAGGAAGGUCCUCAAUGCCUAUUCUGUGGUCAAGACUCGCCCAGCGAUGAACACAUUCAGGCUCACGAGUUUGAGACCUGCGCCGAAAGACCCGUUUCAGAACGUAAAUUCACACGCAAGGACCAUUUGUGGCAGCAUCUACACAAGUUUCAUGGAUGUCGCAAAUGGGACGGUUGGAAACCGGAUCUGAGUCUGCUACAACACCGACAAGAUAUAUUCCAAAGCCAAUGCGGAUUUUGUCAAGCCAUGAUGAACAGUUGGGAAGAGCGGACAGAUCACGUAGCUGCUCACUAUCGCUCAGGAUUGACAAUGGAUCAAUGGGUUGGAGGGUCCGGAAUUCACGACCCAAGCGACAUGGAUUAA